GUAAGUUCCUCGGAGUACACGAGAGGGAAAUUUCCACCGCCCCACGGGCCUGUUGUAGUGCCAACGGCCCUACUACCUACCCCUAAUCUUCCCGUACCUACCUAGUAUACCUACCUACCUAGUACAGCGACCUAGUACAGCUACCUAGACCGCGCAACUUUUCUUAACGAACGCCAAAUCUCAAUACUCUCGUAUCCUCAAUUCGCAUCCUUUCUCACGCAUUCUCUCCUCUCCUCCGGCAGUUGUCGUACAAGAGCCAAUCUGCGAAUCUCCUCAGCCUUUCCCUACUACUCCGCCCGUAUCUCGCGCACGCACAAUGGCUCUCGCCAAAGAGACAAAGCGCAUUGCCGCGCAAUUCGACUACACAGACGAAGAUGUGAACAAAGGCGUUCAAGAGUUUCUGCGGCAAAUGCAUGAGGGUUUACAACAAGAUGGCACAAGUUUGAGCCAAAUUCCUACCUACGUAACAGGUGUACCCAAUGGUACCGAGAAGGGAUUGUAUCUAGCAGUAGACCUAGGAGGCACAAAUUUCCGAGUCUGCUCCAUUCACCUGAAUGGUGACACAACCUUCAACCUUACAUACAGCAAAGUUGCAAUUCCAAAAGAGUUAAUGGUCGCGAAACAAGCCACUGACCUCUUUGGAUUUCUCGCUAAACAAAUCGAACUUUUCCUAAAAACUCAUCACGGAGAGCACUUCGACGCCCACAUCCGCCGGCGGCAGACUGUCAGCACUCCAGAGGGUUACCGUGAUGAACAAAUAUUCCGACUCGGUUUUACCUUCAGUUUCCCAGUUCAACAAUUCGGCAUCAACAAGGGUACGUUAAUGAGGUGGACCAAGGGAUUUGACAUCCCGGAUGCGGUUGGGAAGGACGUAUGCGCCUUGCUUCAACAGGAAAUCGACAAGCUUCGCUUGCCUGUUAAAGUGGCUGCUUUAGUGAACGACACUGUUGGAACGCUUAUGGCUCGUUCCUAUACUUCACCGGGCAAGACGUCAACUCUUCUCGGUGCCAUUUUUGGAACUGGUACCAACGGUGCCUAUGUGGAGAAGCUCGCCAACAUAAAGAAGCCUGUCGAGGGCGACUACGACAAGUCGACGGGAUUAAUGGUCGUAAAUACCGAAUGGGGAUCCUUCGACAACCAACUGAACAUAUUACCUAAUACAUCAUACGACAUAGAAUUAGACCAGAAGAGUGUAAACCCAGGCAUCCAGAUGUUCGAGAAGCGAGUAUCUGGCAUGUUCCUGGGCGAAAUCGUCCGUCUAGUUAUCGUCGACAUGCUUAAGAACACCGAGAUCUCACUAUUCCGCGACGAAAACUCAAGCCAAAACGACUGGAAGUCGACAACAACCAUCGCGUCCGACUCCGGCGUAUUCAAACAAUGGGGCCUGGACAGCUCGAUAAUGUCCAUCGCCGCGGCCGACAGCACACCGGAUUUGUCGACUCUGCGCCAGGAGCUCGAAAAGCAAUUACAGAUAUACGCCGCUUCGCUCGAGGACGCCCUAGCCUUCAAGAACGUGGCAUACGCCGUCGGACGCCGGGCGGCUAGGCUCUCUGCUGUGGCGGUCGGCGCCAUCGUGUUGCAGAGCGGCGAGUUGCAGAAGACGAAUGACGAGCCCAUCGACAUCGGCGUCGACGGCAGCCUCGUAGAGCACUACCCCUUCUUCCGCGACAUGGUGUACGAGGCGCUGGCGGCGAUCGAGGGUAUCGGGCCCGAAGGCGCUAAGCGGAUUCGCAUCGGGAUCGCGAAGGACGGCAGCGGCGUCGGCGCGGCGCUGAUCGCGCUCGUGGCGGCGAAUAUGGAGAAGAAGGGCGUCGUGGAUUACUUGAACGACUUUAGGAACGGUGUUACUUCCAAGAUCGUCGAAGCGAUCCCGGAGAUCGAGCCCACGACGGUGAUGUAAGUUGACAGAUUAAGUUGAUGGAUGGUGGGGCAUGGAUUUGGGGAAAGGGGCUUUUCAAGGUUUCGGGAGUCCUUCUGGCAUGAAGUAGACGAACGCGAACGUGUAUGUAUCUAAAGUAACCUACGAUCAUGACCUAAUGCAAAACACUUUUAUGACCAGUUA